GACAAAGCAUUAAUUGAAUGAAAUAUUUGUGUUUUGUUGAGUAAAUUAACAGUGAGUUUGCAUUCAUUUACCGAUUAAAUUGUGACCAAUAUUUUGGACGACAAUCAACCGAAACAAGUAAACAGAUGGCUAAGACAUUGAUGAGUUACGAGACGGACGGCAGCCGUCAAUGGUCACAAUCGCCGGUAACGACGGGCACAUCAGUUCUGGGCAUCGCUUUCGACGGCGGCGUUAUUAUUGCGGCCGAUAUAUUGGCCAGUUAUGGAUCUCUGGCCAGAUUUCGCAAUACAAAGAGAGUGUUCAAAGUGAACGACAAGUGUCUGGUCGGUUGCAGCGGUGAUAUCGCUGACUAUCAGUUUCUCAUACGAGCCAUUGAUCAGAAAAUGAUUGAUGAGGACAACCAUAACGAUGACCACACACUAACACCAAAUGCUCUGUUCUCGUGGCUUACAAGAGUCCACUAUAAUCGUCGGUCAAAAUUUGAUCCACUUUGGUGUCAAUGGGUUAUUGGCGGACUUAACUCUGAUGAUCAACCAUUUUUGGGAUACGUUGACAAACUGGGAACAGCUUACGAGUGUCCGGCCAUUGCUACCGGUUAUGGCUCAUACAUAGCCAUACCAUUGUUACGCCAAGCUUUGGAUGAGGCCGGCGGUAAAUUGACUGAAGAACAGGCAAAACAAGUGAUCCAAAAAUGUCUGACUGUCCUCUACUAUCGAGACGCCCGAUCGUUCAAUAAAUACGAGUUAGCGGUCGUCAAAAAGUCGGGCGCAACCGUUGAGGGGCCGCUCACUCUGGACAGCAACUGGUCUAUCGCUCAUUAUGUCAAAGGAUAUGGCGGUGAUUAAGGAUCAGUUGAUUAUUUAUGUCAAACAGUUUUACUUUAUUUAAAUACAUCUGUUUUUUGAUAAUUAUUUUCCGAUUAAAUAAAAUUGAACUAAAAUUCUGUAAAUUUUGAAAAACAAUUUUUCUAUUAUUUUACAAUAUUUAUACAUUUUAUGUGUUUAUUAAUAGU